UCGUCUCUGCUCGUCUCUGCCCGCCUCUUCUCUCUGCCAGCUUGCUUGUCUCGUCGCCCCAGCUAUAUCCUACCAUAAUCCCGCUGUUGAUCGUGUCUACCAGCUCCGCAGCCGCUCCCUGCCCGCACGCGCCCCCUUCCCCCGCGACGGCGGCACCUCGCUACGCCUUCGGCGGGUGGCAAUUGUCUCCAAGGCUGGCAUAAUUAGAUCAUGGGCACUCCAGUGGAGGGGCCGCCUUCACUGGAAGGCCAGGGUGGUCCACGCCAGUACGUGGCAUAUGACCCGCGCGGCAACGGCCUUGCCCGACAACCUACCAACCCACUUGAUACCCAUAAUGCCCAUGCCCUGUCGCCCCAAAAACGUAGCGACGCUCUCGCGCGGUCGCCCACCGACCCGGAGCAGGACCAAGCAAGCCCUUUGUCGCAGGACAGACCAAAACCCCGCGGCGGAAAGUCUUGUGGUAAAUGUGAGCAGAGCUUGACCGGGCAAUUCGUCAGGGCGCUGGGCGAUACCUAUCAUCUGGAGUGCUUCACUUGUCACGACUGUGGCAAGAUCGUUGCUUCCAAGUUCUUCCCGGUGCCCGAGAAGCCCCCAGGCCAGUAUCCCCUAUGCGAGACCGACUAUUUUCGGCGCCUCGACCUGCUCUGCUACGAAUGCGGCCAGGCCCUGAGAGGGUCCUAUAUCACGGCUCUUGAGCGAAAGUACCACAUUGAGCAUUUCACGUGCUCCGUCUGCCCCACUGUCUUUGGAGCGUCAGACAGCUACUACGAGCAUGAGGGCAGCGUCUAUUGUCACUUCCACUACUCGACCAAGUUCGCGCAGCGAUGCAAUGGCUGCCAGACGGCUAUCCUGAAACAGUUCGUAGAGAUCUACCGCAAUGGCCAGAACCAGCAUUGGCACCCAGAAUGCUACAUGAUCCACAAAUACUGGAAUGUCCGGCUGCAUUCUACUGGCCAGCCCAUCAUCGAAGCGCAACUUUCUGAUAGCGAGGCAACCGACGCAGUACGUGAAACGGUGCGCAAGCGAGAGGAGGAAAUCGAAGCAAAGGUCAAUUGGAUCUGGAAAACUUUGUCAACCUUUGAAGAGAAGUCGGCGACUUGCAUCUCUGAUAUGCUCCUCCAUGUCAGCAAUGGCGCUUAUUUCGAUGGCGUCAUGGCGGCUAAGAAGUUUAUUGUCCAUAUUGAGCUCUUGUUUGGUGCCGCAGACGAUCUCGAUAUGCAGCUCCUUGCCAACAUACCCAAGGGUCUUACCUACUCCCGCGAGUCGAAGCUCCUCUGCAAGAAGGUCGUCGCUUUCUUUGCGCUCCUCACACAGUCUCAAGGAACGGGAGUUCGGCGCCUGGGUGUCACCCAAGAGCUUCUCUCGCUCGUGACUGGCCUUGCGCACUACAUGAAACUUCUUAUUCGAAUUUGCCUGCAGGGUGCGCUCAAGUUGGAGCGGGAGACGCGUAGUGCGAGCGGACUUACCGGAUUCCUCGCCCAAGUCAAUUCUCUAGACAGUCGGCUUGAGAGUGAGGCCAGGGGGGAUCAAACCGCCGAAAUAGCGCUCUAUGUUCCUCGUUGGGCAGACGCUUGUCCCAUUUGCGAUGCGCAGAUUGAGGACAGAUGUCUUCGAAUGGACCACAUGUCCUUCAACUACUCCUGCAUGAUUUGUCACAGUUGCGGUCAGGACUUGCGAAAUCGCGUCAAAGACGUGCGCUUCAGUAGGUCUUUGAAGAAAGUCUUCUGCCCGACAUGUGCUCGGAGCGUUGCAGACGCAGAAGGCGGAUUCGAGCAGGUCACCAAGCUCCGGCAAUAUGUGCAUCUUUUGAAAGUCGCCCACGCGCGCCUGUUAGCGACGUUGCGGUCUAGUGGCGCGCUACCUCAUACAUCCGACGAUCCAAACCUCACAGGCUACGACUCCUCGCAGGGACACCGUCUAGGAAACGCAGGGUCCGAUCUUGAACCGCCUCUACUGCGAUCUGACACUCGUUCUAAAUCGUUCGGGGGUUCUUCUGCCGCUGACGCUCAAGCUUCUUCCACUGCAAACUAUGAACAGACUAUGACAGACAUCAAGCGACUGCGGUCGACUCGUCUAGAUAAACACCUAUCUAGUACUAUGAAGCGUGCACGCACUUCGAGGAUCAUUGAUGGACCCGAGGCUAUGGGCCCAGGCUCUGGCGAUGGACAGCUUCGUGGCGGUAUGCAGAUUGUGCAAGAGCGUGAAGCCCCAGGCGACAAUGACAGUUUGACACUGGGGGUCAACUCGCUGGCACUAGACGAUAUCGCUAGGAUGGCUGCACUAGAGCAACAGCGUGAACAGCGACCAAAUGCGUUUCGCGCCGGUGGAAGUGCUCUGCUUGGACAGGAUCAAGCCAAGAUGGUUAAUGGUCACCGUCGCGAUAUCUCUGGAGGAAACGAUCUCGAAAACAUGGUCGAGAGUCGCCCUCGAACGUAUUUCUCCGAGCUUUCACCCUUAGAAUAUUUCAAGAUCAAAGGUCUUGCUGUCCUUCAGCUAGGCCUUCGCCUGGAUGAUACUCAAUACAACCAGGGCGACCUGCUCGACCUAAUCGAAACGAAACGCUCGACCUUCUGGGGCAAAAUCGGGCUCGGAAAAGCAUUUAAGAAUGACAAGAGCAAGCCAAAGAAGGGGAACUCAUCGAUCGAGAAACCAACAUCUGACAAAGCUACCUUUAGACAAACGCUUGAGUACCUAGUCGAGAAGUAUGGAGCCGAGUCUACUGAUGGCGUUGGACCAGGGACCUUGAAAGUUCCUGCGUUACUUCAAGACGCCAUCACGGCCAUGAGGAACAUGGACAUGUCAGUUGAGGGCGUCUUCCGAAAGAACGGCAAUCUCCGCGCGCUUCGCGAAUUGGAAGAAGAGGUUGAUGCUAAAGGUGUCGAAAUGGUGGAUCUUAAUCAGCAGCAGCCUGUUACGUUGGCCAACCUUCUGAAGCGGUUCUUACGGUUGAUGCCAGAUCCGGUGCUGACAUUGAAGCUAUAUCGAUUGUUCAUGACAGCCAAUGACAUCGAAAAACUAGAGGAUCGAAAGAAAGUAUUGCACUUGAUCUGCUGCCUGCUCCCGAAAGCGCAUCGCGAUACCAUGGAGGUCCUCUUUUGUUUCUUGAAUUGGGUGUCAUCAUUCCAUACUGUCGAUGAGGAAACGGGCAACAAAAUGGACACAUGGAAUAUUGCUACGGUCAUGGCCCCUAAUCUCCUCAGAGAGAGCAAUGAGAAAGAGAUGAAGACUGUCGAUCAGGGAGCUGUCAAAGUCGUCUUUGAAUUGAUUGAGAACAAUGAGGAGUUUUGCGAGGUGCCUGAAGAGAUUGUGGAUCUACUGAACCAUGACAAUGCGUCAGAGUUGACCACAAAAGAGAUCAUGCGGUUGUGGGAGCAACGUGGCAAAAACCCACAGCCGCCACCUUCUGGAACAUCCCCUCGGAACCAGCCAGGGCCUCGGCCACGGGACGACAAGCGCAAUGCUCCCCAUAUUACGCAGGCCGAUAACAACCCUCAGCCCUGGCAGGGCGAAUCGUCAGUUAGGCACAUUGCGGGAACGGGCAAUCACAAUCACGGGCCACCGAGUACCCAUAACACACCACCCCAAGGUCACGGCUAUGACCUAGGGACUCCGAGUCUUCCCUACAGCCAAGCGGCACCAGGAUCGACGGAGAGUCACCGUACUGGAUCGCCUCAUCGACACAGUUACCGGUCGCCUGCAUUCCAAAAGCAAGGCCAGCUCGGUACCGCGGGUGCAGGCUGAAGCAUCAAUCAUCCUUCUAACCUAUAUAUUGGAGUUCUCAAGGAGUUGGUUUAAUUCUUCAUUGGUCGAAA